UUUAAUUUAUCUCAAUGAAGGAUUAAUAAUAUUAAUAUUUUAUUAUUUUUCGUCAUGCAUAAAAAAUGAUACUCCCUGUUAUUCUCCACAAGUAUUCCAUUUGCUCUUUAGACACUAUUCAUCUCUUACUCUUAAUUUGUAUUUUAUUAUUAAUCUAUAGGUUUAAAUAUAGUCAUCUGGAAUCUUGUUUGAUUCAUCUCAAUACAAAGAUUAUUUAUAUCAACUUUUCAUAAUGUUUAAUUAUGCACAAUUAGAGAUAAGGAUUAAAUAGAGUGCAUAAAGCAAAUGAAACACUUGUGGUGGAUAGGAAGGAGUAUUAAAUAUUAAGUAAGUGCAUUGAAUAGUAUGUAAAAAAUAAAUGGGGUGAUCUUAUUGGAUACGAGAGAGUAUAAUUUACAACCAUGCACUUUUUCUAGUUAGUUUAAAAUUAGCUGAUAAAAUCAAAUGAUAAAAUAGCUUAUAUUGACACAAAUAGAUGAUUGGGUAGUCAAACUAUUUAAUGGUAAUGUUUGGUAAAUUAACCCGUAAAACCAGUCAUUUCAAUUAGGUAUCAGUCAUUUGCCAAACACUAUAAAAACCAAUCAAUUAAGUCAUUCCAAUAAGCUUACAGCUACCAACCAUCAAAUCUUCGUUAAACACCCUUUGUAGAGAACAUACUCGCCUUGUCCAUCUCAUUCACUAUCAUUUACCAUUUUGAGUUGUCUCUUUUAUUUUGGUAAAAGUCUUGUAUAAACUUAUUUUAUACUAUUUUAAUAUGUAAUAAUAAGUAUUUUCCAAUGACUGUAUUUGAUUGUAUUUUUACGAGCCCGAGAGAAAUAAGAGAGGAAAAUAAUAAAUACUCAUUUCAUCUCACUCAUUUAGCAUCAUAUACUAUUUUGGUCCGUCUCACUUAUUUAAAUUGUUUUUAUUUUUGAACUACUUUUCAUUUUAUUUUGGUCCCUCUCAAUCUGCACUACUUUUUCAUUUUAGUUGUCCCACUCACUUUGCAUUCUUUUCUUUUUUGGCAAUAAUUCGACUUUUUUCUUUUAAUCUCAUUUACUAAUUUAUUAUCUCUCUCUAACCUAACCACUUAAUUCUAUUAUCCACUUAUAUUUUGUCUGAUUCUCCAAUUCAAAUUACUCUUUCCACUAAUUGUCGCCCAAACUAUUUUAAAUGCAUUCUCAUCAAACCGGAAAAUAUCUAUAUUUUUCUUUAAAAAUACCUUAUCUCUCUUUUUAACUUAUUCAAAUGAAUAGUCUAGAGUAAAGAGGUGUUAAUGUGCUUUGUAACUAAUUAAGACUAGUCGAGAGUAAAGACGCGUUAAAGGAUAUAGUAUUUCCUCUGUUUCACUAUACUUGUUAUAUUUGACUUUUUACGCAAUUUAAUGUGUUAUUUUGAUCAUUUAUAUAUUGAAUUAUACACAUUAGCCGAUUUGACGAUUCAAACAAGAUUCGACUUGCCUACAUUUUUUUAAAUACAUUAGCCGCUAUAUAUAAAUAAGUUUAAACGAUAAAUAGUGUUAAAAUUUGCUAUAUAGCGAGUAUUUCAGAACAGAAAUAAUAGGAGCAAAGAUGGGGCAAUCUUGCAAUUGCUAAGUAUAGAGAAGGCAAGUAAGAAAUUCAAAAAGAAAGGCGGUAAAGAUAAUAAGAUCAAAUCAUCAUGUACUUGAAUUAUGUUUGCUAUAAACAAUUCAAAUUAUCCAUUAAUUGAUUUACUCUUCCUCCAGAAUUAACCACUUUCUAACCGAAUUUCUAACCAUACCUACUUCCCUUUCUCUCUCCUCUCCCUUCCCUUUCUCUCUCUACACUUGCUCAUUCUCAGCAGCCAUUAAUUUUCUUUCUCUCACUUCAUCUUUGAGUUGCAUUCUCUUUUGGGGAUUCUGUUAACAACUUCAAGAAACUGAGAAAUCUUUCAAGAAAAUGGUGCAAAUGGAGAUACCCAUUUUAUUUUAUGCUAAAUGCUGGGAAACAUGGCUGCUAAUCUUGAUCUUUCUUAGCUUUUUUGGGUUUAACAGAGCACAAUCGCAAGAGGCUCCUGCAUAUCUCCAAUUUACUAUGAACGCCACUGAGUUUCCGAUAGAAGACUAUUAUGAUUAUAUAAUUGUUGGAGGUGGAACUUCUGGGUGUCCAUUAGCUGCUACAUUGUCACAAGAAUACAAGGUCCUAUUGCUCGAACGAGGAGGAGUACCCUACAGGAAUCCAAACUUGAUGACACAAGAGGGAUUUUUGUCAGGCCUUUUGCAGAUUGAUACGUUUGAUUCUCCUGCACAAGCAUUUACUUCAGAGGAGGGCGUGCCUAAUACUCGUGGUCGGGUUCUAGGCGGAAGCAGUGCUAUAAAUGCCGGGUUUUAUAGUCGAGCUGAUCAAGACUUUUACGAGAAAUCAGGUAUUACUUGGGAUUUAAGAAUGGUAAAUCAGUCAUAUGAAUGGGUUGAGAAUUCUAUUGUGUUUCGACCCGAGUUGAGAAGUUGGCAAUCUGCUGUUAGAGAUGGACUGUUGGAAGCUGGUGUUGGCCCUUACAAUGAUUUCAGUUUGGAACACGUUUUAGGAACAAAAAUUGGGGGUUCGAUAUUUGAUCCUUCUGGUCGAAGGCAUAGUGCUGCGGAUCUUUUGAACUUUGCCGGGGCUGCAAAUAUAAAAGUAGCUGUUCAUGCAAGUGUGCAGAGGGUUAUACUUGCUACAAAUUCAGCAUCAAACUCGAAAUUGUCAGCAAUCGGAGUGGUUUAUCGCGAUGCACUAGGCCGUUAUCAUCACGCAAUGGUGCGUGAUCAAGGAGAGGUUAUUCUUUCCGCAGGUGCAAUUGGGACUCCUCAGCUUCUUUUACUUAGUGGGAUCGGUUCAAGGCCAUACCUGUCGUCAUGGGGUAUUCCGGUUGCCCAUCACUCGCCUUAUGUAGGCCAGUUUCUAUACGAUAACCCGAGAAAUGGGAUUUCGAUUGUGCCACCAACGCCUUUAGAGCAUUCGCUAAUUCAAGUAGUUGGUAUCACCAAAUCAGGGGCAUACGUAGAAGCUGCAUCGAAUGUGAUCCCAUUAUCUGCAGUAUCACAUUCUGCUUUUACUCGAUCACCUUCAUCUCCUCUUUAUCUAACCGUCGCCACACUCAUGGAGAAAAUCACAGGUCCGGUUUCAUCUGGUUCGCUUCAGCUGGCUUCGACAGAUAUUAGGCUAAACCCAACUAUCAGGUUCAACUAUUUCAGUGACCCACAAGAUCUGCAGUUGUGUGUAUCAGGCAUGCGUAAAAUAGGGGAGAUUCUAAGAAGCCGGUCCAUGGAUGAUUUUAGGUUUACGAGGCCUGGGGGUAGAGACUUCAGAUUUCUUGGACCUGCAAUGCCUAUUGACCAAUCUGAUGACUUGUUAAUGGGUGAAUUCUGUCGACGGACUGUGAGUACUAUAUGGCACUAUCAUGGUGGAUGCAUUGUUGGAAAGGUUGUCGAUGAAGAUCUUCGAGUGAUGGGCAUUGAUGCUCUCAGAGUUGUGGAUGGUUCCAUUUUGACUGUCUCUCCUGGAACCAAUCCUCAGGCCACUGUUCUAAUGCUUGGCAGAUAUAUGGGAGCUAAGCUGAUCAAUGAAAGACCAAGAUAAGAGGUUGCUUUAUGUGCAGCAAAAACAGACAGAAGUACAUAUAUGCUGAUUGUUGAGUCCCUUUUGACAUACAACCAGGGACUUAGGUUUAUGAUUCUAUUACUUUGAUUUUUUUGUUAUUGUUCAAAUUUUUGCUCAUUUUUGUAAUACUUUAAAGUUUCAACUUGAAACUACUACUACUAUUUUGUUACAAACAUCAUGUAUAGGUUUUUUUUGGCCCAUAUGCCGUUGACCUGUUGUGUAUCAUGAUUAACAAAUUGUUGUGAGAGACGGUCUUUCUAAAAGACAUAUUAAAUAUAUGGGCUAAAUAGUCCAAUUGAUACCAAUUAAAGAGAAAAUAAGAAUGUGGGCUUCUUGUUUUGAGGUCGUCUCUUUAAGAGGCGAUCUCUCAUAAGAGUAGCUGAUCAUGAUUUUUGCUGGGUCCUUGAUCAAACCUGGCUGCCUAGUAAUGUUGGACUUUGAUUUGUCUUGUUGUAAUUGGUAGUAGGAUACACAUUAAACAUUAUAUACUCUUUCCUAGGUUUGUUCCUAUGAAAUAGUUCUAUUUCUAUUUUGGUCCAUCUCAAAUAGU